AUGCAGACCCAAAACAUCUGUCUCGUUGCUUUAUUCAUAGCUUUGUUCAGCUCUGAAACCAUUUCCGCAAUCAAAUUCAACUUUAACAAUUUUGACGGAACAAAUCUAAUCUUCAUUGGUUACGCUGAGCUAGGACCAGUAACCGAUGGCAUGAGUCGGUCAGGAGCUCUCUCCAUGACCCGUGACAACAUUCCCUUCUAA